CAGCACAGACGGCAACAGCACAGGCGGCGAGAAGACGUGUUAGGAUAGGAGCAAGCAAGAUAUGGCUUGGUAGCAGUCGGAGCUGGAGUCCGAUGCAGAAUGGUGCGCACGACGAUCGCGUGUGCUUGGUGCAGGAGAUCUAAGAUCAAAUGUAUACAUCAGGGAGAACCGCCGUGUCGGAAUUGUUUGAGGAAUGGACGGACAUCUCAAGGAGACUGCAUCUUGUCUGGACCUAACAUCCACGCCAUCAGGAGGAAGCGGUACAGAACUCCUACGCUAUCUCAUAAGCCAACAACUGUCGACACUACCCAUGAAGAGGGAGACAUUGGCGCCGAUAAUACGACAUGUGCUUCGAACGCGGUGUCUGCUAUCGACCCAGACGGUAGAGUCAUCAAUACUCUCAGAAAUACAUCCAGGACUGAUGUCCUCCAAGCUGCUUCAAAGUUCCAUCAGACAUUCCCUGAAUUGAGCUUUCUACAUCUUGCGACGUUCGAUGUGGAUUCACAAGAAACCUCAAGCCUUUUACUCAAGGCUGCGAUGAUGGCGCUGUGCUCUACUCACCAAGAUGAAACUGCGAGGUAUGUCAAAACCGCGCUUUCUGGGCUAUUCCUAGAACCUCCAAAACUAGUCACAAUUCAAACUCUUCUACUACUCGCUAUGUAUGAGUGGGGGGAUGGGAGGGGAUAUGACGCAUGGAUGACCACUGGAGUCGCAAUACGAAUGAUGCAAUCCCUAGAAACCAUGAGAGGACCAACCCGACCGAGUGAAUUGGAGCAAGAGAUUUACAAUCGUACAUUUUGGAGCUGUUUUAUCAUGGAUCGACUUGUUCUAUGUGGAAAGGGCCAGCCAUUCACUCUACCCCUGGACCAGAUGCGCAUUCAUCUGCCUAUCGGAGAUCAAGAUUUUGCUUUCGGGCAAUCCUCUAAUCCGCGGAUAUAUAUUGGCAACAUCCACGGAGACAUGUAUAAUACUAUCGAAUACAGCUACAGCAUAUUAGUCAGGGGCUUCGAUAUUUGGGCCCGAAUUCUCAAGUGGAUCAUCAACGGCGGGAGAAGGCAGCCUGGCAUGACGCUCCUAGCUAACUGUCCCUGGACGCCUGGAUCACCUUGGAAAGAUCUAUACGAUGAGCUGGAUGAUUGGAGACAGCAUCAACAUCAGCGCAUGAAGUAUCCCGGAGUCCAAAUUGCCGGUCAUGUAUCACUUGGCCACGGAGAGCAAUUUGCAUUCAUCAACCUAGUCUACUAUAUCAGCAUUCUGUUCCUUAGCCGAGAGUAUAUUCCGUUUCUUCCAAAACCUGAAUCAAUUCCGGUUGGACCUGUUGACCCGCCCCUCUUGGAAUCUGCAGCCCCAGAGGGCUGGUGGGUGGAACGAGCCGAUCAACUCUUCAACUCUUCGGCACAAAUUACGAAUCUUCUCCAGGAAUUAGAUGAUCUUAACACGUCUUUGCUCACGCCGUUCUCAGGCUUCUGUGCCUUUUCUGCCGCCAUCAUGAAUGCCUAUGUGUCGAGCUUCCCGCGUAUGAACUAUGGGAAGUGUAUUCAUUUCUCAACGAAGCUACUCGAAGUCAAUAUACAGUGGCUGUCACGUUUCAAGGAAAUCUGGAAGAUGGGGAAUGGUUGGUUCAAGACCACCUUACACGCUCGAAACCUCUACAUCAAAGCUAGCCGAGAUCACCAACGGUUCCAAGGCAAAACGCGAGCGGACUUUGAGGCCCUGGAAGCUUCGAUCCAUGACUCUUCUGGCGUCUCGCCUAUCCACGAGGACGACACUCGAAUGGCUGAAGUAGAAAGCCAUGAAAGAGAGAUCGACACAAGCCAUGCGGCUGAGGCAGCACUUGGCUUACAACAGUUGUCCCAUUCGCACAACAUUCCCGAGCAAUCUUUGCAGCCAUUAGAAGAUAUGUACUUUCCGCACGAGAUCUCGAUCUUCAACCAGUGGAAUCAGGUGUGGCCACUUUGGGGAGAACAGCAGUUUGGGCCGUUGGCAUCUGGAGGCUUCAAUCUUGACUAUAAUAUCGACAUUCCGGGUCUCUAGAUCGCUGAGACUGUUCAAAUUUCAUUCCGGAUAUGAAAAGUGGACCUUCACUAUCUGGCCUCGGAUAAUAGGCUCUAGUUCGCAAGAUGCACAGUCUAUCAGCCGAGCCUCAACAACAAGGAU